GAUACACCAUAGAGGGAACCUCCUAGCGGCGGCCCUGUGCCUGGUGGUGUCCGGGCUGGACGCCCUGGCGGCACCGAACAGGCUAUGCACACAGCCGCCAUCUUGGGAGCUGGACGGUAUCGACUUUAUGGAGGAAAGCCGCGGGAACGUCGUCGUCCUGCAGAUGUCUAUAGCUAUCUGAUCGUUUUGUCGGACGCAGGCGGAGAGACUGGAACGCCUGCGCUUGAAACUCCAGAGGGAUGGUGUCACCGACAUCUCUUUCGGGGUGAUCAAUGGGAUGGGGUUCAUGUCCCGGGUGUCCCUGCGGCAGCUGGAGGGGGUGGUUAACUUCGGCGUGUACCAGGACACGCCCCGGGCGGACGUGUGGGGGCUGCUGGACGGGCGGAAGGAUGACUUCAUCAUUUACGACAGAUGCGGGCGGUUAGCGAGACACAUCCGGAUGCCGGAGGCUUGGCUGGUGCGGCCUGACGUGGAGGACGCCAUCAGGGAGGUGUACGCGGAGAGUCCGUGCGGGAACUGUGCCUUCUAUCCUGACACGACCCCAACACCUAUUCUCACAACUACUCCUGGUUCCCCCACGGAUGGACCUGAUGUCACUACUGCGUCGGACAUCGGGUCAGGCGAUCUGGAUGAGGGGUUCAUCAGAGACACAGGUACCAGCAUGGAUGACGUGGAUGAGUCGAAUGCCCCCCUCCACACCUCAACCUCCCAUCAGAACAGGACGUCUGUAAACAAUAGGACAGAAAGAAUCAUGUUUACAGAACACAACACGGAGUCUCCACAGAGGAACAGCAAACGUCAUCAUCGACGUCAUCAUCAUCGUCGUCAUGGUGACCACCGACAAGAAGCUCACAGUGAAAGUCAUCAUCACCAAAGGUCACAAGACGGCCAUACAGAUGAAUAAUAUAGGUUUUGCAGUCGCCAACCUGUAAUGCGUUUCUCCAUCGUAGUCUGGGCACAAAUGACUAAUGUCAGGACCCCUCUUUUCCUCUGGAAAGUUUUCAAAAGCUGGGUGUGUAAGUGAUGUUCGCUUUGAUGUGACUGAAAUAUUGUCCGCGAAUUACGAAAAAUUAUUUACACAUGUGUAGAUAAUUCCACUCUUCUUCCUUUCACAUAUCUGUCAGUCUUUCAUAUACAUGACAUAUAACAUUCAUUUUCCGUAUGACAUUUCCUAACUUUGGCCUUGUAAUAUAUUAUUUACCAGUAUGUUGAACACUUUUCUUUCAUGCCGCUCUCAAAUCUUGCGCAUGAAAACGUCAGACUAAAACCUAUGGGUUGUCUGAGGUUGGAGUUUCUACAAGAUUGCAAGCGUGCAUAAGAGAAGAGAUGUAUUUCAUGUCGAAGACGAAAAAGUACCAGGCUGGCUUCUCUUCUAUCGAAGUAGGCUUCUGUCUUAAAAUGUAUUAUGUUUGUGCGAGUUCAGAAUGUUCGUUUCAUCGGGUUGCUAUGUUUCAACAGUUUGUCAUGUUUCAUAAGGUUUUUUUUUAUGUUUUAACGAUCAAUAUUGAGAUUUUAUAGUUUCAACAGAUUUGAUAACAAUUAAGCGAUUUGAAGAAUAAGUUUAAAGAUGCUGUUUCAAAGAUUAACGAUAACGGUGGACAAAGUUGCCACUUUCUAGGUGAUAGGUAAAAAUUCUAAGGAAGCUAUUUUUCUGAAAAAAAUUAGGUUUUGUGAGAUUAAUUCCACCCACCUGUCGCAAUCUAGUCUACACCAGGUGAACCGUAGAACCAUAUUUAUGACGAUCCCCAACAAAACGGGAAUUCCCGCCUUGAGGAUCCGAUGGCAUCAUGGGAAACGCGUACACCUGCUGUGUAUGACGUCAUUGUCUGGCGAGUGGAAGAAAUCGUUCAAUAAACCUAGUCAAUAUACACAGACUUUGUACCCGCCCUAGAAAGUGAGACAAUGUUGUUUUUCUUUCUUUCUUUCUUUUUACAAAUAAAUAUUUAAAUGCCACA